AUGGAAUUCAAUAACCAUACAGACCCAAUUGAGGAAAGUAUGUUAGACGCCAGAGAUUGUUCUCAAAGGCGGCAAUGCUACUUGUUUCCAGAGCUGAAGUUCAUGUUCUUGGCUGUUUUAUAUGUCAUGAUGUUCUCUCCCACAGAGGCAUAUGAUCCCUUGGAUCCAACUGGAAAUAUAACAAUAAAAUGGGAUGUAAUGUCUUGGACGCCUGAUGGUUAUGUGGCUGCAGUGACAAUGAACAACUUUCAAAUGUAUCGGGGAAUCAUGAACCCUGGCUGGACUUUAGGAUGGUCUUGGGCUAAGAAAGAAGUAAUCUGGACAAUGAUAGGAGCUCAAACCACAGAGCAAGGAGACUGCUCCAAGUUCAAAGGAAAUGUACCUCACUGCUGUAAGAAGACUCCCACGGUUGUUGACUUGCUCCCUGGAGUUCCUUACAAUCAACAGUACACCAAUUGCUGCAAGGGUGGCGUGUUGGGAACUUGGGGGCAGGACCCCUUAAGUGCAGUCUCUGCCUUUCAGGUAAGCGUUGGACUCGCUGGCACUUCUAAUAAGACAGUUAAGCUUCCCAAGAACUUCACUUUGCUUGGUCCAGGACCAGGGUACACUUGUGGCCCUGCAAAGAUUGUGCCAUCCACAGUCUUCCUCACCGCUGACAAAAGGAGGAAAACUCAAGCACUUAUGACAUGGAAUGUGACAUGCACUUAUUCUCAAUUUCUUGCCUCUAAGAAUCCUAGCUGUUGUGUUUCCUUUUCAUCCUUCUACAAUCAAACAAUCACCCCCUGCCCAUCUUGUGCUUGUGGUUGCCAGAACAAGAAAAAUUGUAUCAAGAGCGAUUCAAAGCUACUACGUAGGGCAGGAAUAAACACUCCUAAAAAGGAUAAUACACCAUUGUUACAGUGCACACAUCAUAUGUGCCCCAUACGUGUACACUGGCAUGUAAAGCUCAACUAUAAGGACUAUUGGCGUGUGAAGGUUGCCAUCACUAAUUUUAACUACCGGCUGAACUACUCACAAUGGACACUUGUGGCACAGCAUCCCAAUCUCAACAAUGUCACCCAAGUCUUUAGCUUUGAUUACAAGCCUCUUCUCCCCUAUGAAUCCAUAAAUGAUACUGGUAUGUUCUAUGGCAUGAAAUUCUACAAUGACCUAAUAAUGGAAGCUGGGCCCCUAGGAAAUGUCCAAUCUGAAGUGCUUCUCCGGAAAGACAAGGACACAUUUACAUUCAAGCAAGGAUGGGCAUUUCCUCGGAAAGUUUACUUCAAUGGCGACGAAUGUAUGCUUCCUCCACCCGAUACCUAUCCAUUUCUACCAAACUCCGCUUAUGCAAAUCCAAUUGCAACUCCAGCAGUGGCAGCCUUCCUAUUAUUACUAUUGUCCAUGUGGUGAUCACACCUCUAUGGGAGGUACAAAUGCUUUCUUGAUAUUUUUGAGAUAGACAAAGCUAGAUGGCUGUGAGGCUUGGCCAUCACUGAUAGCAGGUACAUACAUUGUCAAUUCUAGUACUAGAAGAUAUUGUUUGGUGUGCGAUAGUUCAGUUGGAUGUUUUAGAUUGGACGAAUGAGCUUAUCAAUGAGCAAACUACACCUGAAACUCCAAAAAGAAAAUCUCCCACGGUUUUGAGUUGGUCCAUGGUUCACCAAUGUAACUAAAAAGUGUUGCUUUGCCAAUUUGUCUCUCUCUUGCUACUCUAAACCAUACAAACAUUGUAAGCUCAUUUGCUGUUCCUUUUCUUCAUGUAGCAUAAGAAUCACGUAUUUGGAACCCAUAACAGAUAUGAAUACAUCAAGUGUGAUUUCUUCUCCAAA